AUGACUCACCGGGUUCCCCAACCGUGUUAUAUUCGUAAACUUCCUGUGGAAAUCCUUUCGAAAAUAUUCAUGCUGGCCGUACAUGGUACAUCCCGUAAAUUCUUUCGAAGUGUCAUGAUGAUGCCGCAUGCACUUGCAUCGGUGAACCUGCACUGGAGAACAGUCGCAAUCUGCAACCACAGCUUGUGGUCAAGCCUCAUUAUUGAUCUUCAUCAGGUCAUCCGCAACCAAACCGACGGGGGCUUGACACUGUUGACCACAAUGAUCACACGAUCAGGACGGUCCUCUGUGGAUAUUAUUAUCCGAGCGCAACAAGGACGAAUGUCAGCUACUGAAGAAAUGAUCGCCCUCCAAAUUCUCAACGAGCGCAGGACAGAGGGCUCAAGCGCUCUGCGUCUUGAGUCCAUAAAGCUUGUGAGAACCAACGACUACCUCUCUCGCUUCUGGCUUUUCUGUCCAGGAAUAAUGAAGAUGGUGGACGGAUUCAUGUUUGCCGCUUUGAUUGGACCUACCAGUCAAGAUGCCCCAGCGCAAUCUCCUCCCCUUCCAAAACUGCGAGACAUAACUCUAUAUGGCGUUCACUUAGACUGGACAAAUUUCCUUCAUUAUACUCUUGGCCCAACCCCCAAUCGGUCGCCUACUGUCAGUCACUCUAUCCAGUCGCUGGAGCUCUCCCAUCACAGCGGAGAAGUCAGGCCAACGUCUGAUGAGUUUACAGGGAUCCUUGAAGCUUGUCCUCGCCUGCGAAAGCUUGUGCUUAGGAAGUCUGGCCCGCUGGCUGGACUUUCACGUCGGGUAUCCCUUCCGCUGCUUCAGCAGCUUUACUACGGAUAUUCGUGUAUUGGAAAUGAUGUCGGGCUAUUCAGUGGGCUUCAUGCCCCCAACCUGAUCAAGCUCACCUUAAACUCGGAGUCUUCAAAUUUAUCUGGUAUCACAUAUUCGCCUACCCAGAACGAUGGCGAGGAUGAUAAAGCUGACGACAUUCUGAAAUACUGCGCAACUCAUCUUUUGUUUCCAAGACUACAGGAAUUGUCGUGCUACCAUAUCAACGCACCAGUGAACACAUUCACUCUCUUCAUGAACGCUAUUCCCACGCUCCUUCAUCUGUCGUUAUAUGGCACACCAAAUGCAAUCCCGGCUCUAUUACCCAUCCAGAAUCUACCCUGCCCCGCCCUCGAGUCCAUCUACAUGUCCUCAAAUUUGCACAAGGACAGCCUUAUUGGUACACUAAAGGAGCGCAGUAAACUGAGUAAAGGCGCCUCCAAGUUUGCUGAGUGGCAAUAUGAAGAAAUGUGGGAGGAUGACAUAACGGUAUUUUUCGGUUGA